CCAUUGCAAUCUUUACUUAUAUAUAUCUCUCCAUCUCAGUGAUUGUAUCUUGCUGCAGUCCCAACUCCCAGUUUUUUUUCUAGAAUUAGAAGUUGUUAUUUGUGGUGGUGGUGGUUGUGUUGAGAUCACAUGGCUGGGAUUUGCUGUGGUGUUGUUGGGGAGAGUGAACCGGCUGCCCCGGUUGAUUCAGUUACUCGAACUUCUCUUAAACGGAGGUUAGAUCUACUCCCGUCGAUCAAGAUCGUCGCCAAAUCCUCCGUCGCUCCUCCGCUUAAACGGCAGAAGAAGCGUGAGACACCGUCUCUCGUUUUGGCGCGGGAAAAUCUAGAUCUGAAAUCGAACGUGAGUAGUGAUAGGAAGGUGGAGGAGGAGAAGAAUCUUAAUUCGAUUCCAAGCUCCGCGACGGAGGCAGAGAGCUGUUCCUUCUCCGACGAUGCGCCUAAGAUCGGCACGACGUCGGUUUGCGGGAGGAGGAGAGACAUGGAGGACGCCGUAUCCCUCCAUCCUUCGCUUCUUCGGAAUCUCCACUUCUACGGCGUGUUCGACGGCCACGGCUGCUCUCACGUCGCGGAGAAGUGCAGAGAGCGGUUGCAUGAGAUAGUGAAGCAGGAAGUCGAAGCUAUGACCACCGACGGCGAGUGUUGGAAGGAGACGAUGGCGAAGAGCUUCAAGAAGAUGGAUACGGAAGUUAGCCGGCGAGACUCGAGCACGAAGAGCUCGUGCAGAUGCGAAUUGCAGUCUCCUCAGUGCGACGCAGUCGGAUCAACCGCCGUCGUGUCCGUGCUCACGCCGGAGAAGAUCGUCGUCUCUAAUUGCGGCGACUCUCGCGCCGUGCUUUGCCGUAACGGUGUCGCCGUCCCUCUCUCGAUAGAUCAUAAGCCGGAUCGACCCGAUGAGUUGAAUCGGAUCCAGGAAGCGGGCGGGCGGGUUAUCUACUGGGACGGAGCUAGGGUUCUAGGUGUUCUCGCCAUGUCUAGAGCAAUUGGUGAUAAUUACCUUAAACCGUAUGUGAUUCCGGAUCCGGAGGUGACGGUAACGGAUCGAACAGACGAUGACGAGUGUUUGAUCCUGGCGAGUGAUGGACUCUGGGACGUUGUGACGAACGAGACGGCGUGCGGCGUGGCUCGCAUGUGUCUUAAAGCUGCGGAAGGUGGAGGAGACUCUGAGACGGCGCACAACGCGUGCUCCGAUGCGGCGUUGCUAUUGACGAAGCUGGCUCUGGCGAGACAGAGCUCCGAUAACGUGAGCGUUGUAGUGGUUGACUUGAGGAAAAGAAGGAAUAGUCGAGUAUCUUAAUUAGUGCUAUAAUUAGUAUAAAACAUUAGAUAAAUUGUUUCAUAGCUAAUUGUAUAUUUUUGUUGAUUUUGUUUUAUAUUCUAUUUUAGGUCUCUUGUUUUAGUUUUUUUUUAAGCAGCUCUUAAUUUCAGGCUAGGGAAGAAAAGGAGCUGAUUAAAAAGUUACGUUUUAAAAAUUUUAAUUUGUCGUAUUAUAUACGCGCAUUUUUA